ACUGAUCGCAGCUCGCAUUCCAGACGCGCGUGUGGCGCGGCUGCGCUCUAAUUUGCUUGCAUUAGCGGCACACACACACACAUACCCGCACACACACACACACACACACACACACACACACACACACACACAACGACGCAUAUGUCGUCUCGUCAUCGUCGCCUCAGAGAAAUCACAAAACUCGCAGAAUAUUUACGCCGCGUGUCAAUUGGAAUUUAUUCCUAUCGUUCUACCACCACGGGCGAUGUGGAAGUAAAGUCUGCAUUGCUACUGGAUGGGAGAAAAGACCCCCCGCGCACGCUCGCUGACUUUGCAGGAGUCGCCCGUCAAAUGAGAGGAUGGAGUUGUGGUGCGGCUGAAGGGAGCCGCUGUCUCUGAGGGAAGAAUGCACUCCGUAAGACAACUUUGCUUACUUUCCGUGCCGUAAAGACGCAUCGAGCCAUGGGUUGAAAGAGGCACGGUGCAUACUGCGUGGGGAUCUUCGGUGUGGGCGGGAGUUAUGUAAUGAUUGACAAUCAGUGGGAGAUCAGAAAAUACAGUCCUUUUUCAUCCCGUCUUUGUCUAGCAUGGUAGCUGAUGGAUUAUAAACUGGUACUCAUCUAGAUAUAUUGCAUCAUUAACGGGUUGUCAGCAUCCUUCAGACCAUUUUAGGUAUUCAUCAUGAUGGCCCAAACUCUGAAGGCAUUCCAUGCUGGUUUGGAAAACUCUUCGCAAAUGGCAGCAGAUGAUCAGACAAUCAACAAUUCAUCCCUCUCAUUUGUCAGUGUUCAUCUCCGCAUGGCGAAAUCCCAAAGCGCUUCGAAGAUGUUCUAGGGCUCACGCUUGCCCUCCCAUUUGACGACAUGUAGUCAACCCUACAAUCACCGCUGAGGCUUUUUGUUUUUCCGCAUUCAAAGCUCAUAGUUCAUCUCCUCCGGAGUUUCCAUCGUGUCCUCCCUCCCCCCCACUCAUCGGGGCUGGUGGGGGGGGCGGAUCUGGGCUUCCGCCAUGGAGGCCAGCCCGGAAAGCCCCAACCGGGCGGUGGAAUACCUCCUGGAGCUCAACAACAUAAUCGAGAGCCAGGCCAAGCUCCUGGAAACCCAACGGAGGCGCAUCGAGGAGCUGGAAGGCCAGCUGGACCGCGUCAGCCAGGAGAAUCAAGACCUGAGGCACGAUCGCAGCCCUCAGGCCCCUGGCUCCAACACCCCGGAGCAGAACCAUGAUCACGGCCAGCCUCUGUCGCUCCCCACCCACCACGGCGGCGGUGGGGACGGCAGCGCGCCCUUGCCUCAGACCAAAGGUGGAUCUGCGACGGCGCCGGUGGCCGGCAGGAACAGGAGGACCCACACUCGGCUGACCCGAGGUCUCUCCUGUGGCUCGUCGACCACCGAGAGAGACCGGCUCGAACGCACCGACAGCACAGACACCAACAACAGCGCCACCAUUCGCAGAAAUGUGCGACCAUCGUCCAUCUCAGGGCAGCAGCCCACCUCAGCUCCCAGUACUCCCACCAUGAUGGUGGGCGCCUCUGCCCUCGCCACUCUCUUCUCCAGCAGUCUGACUGUUCACAGCUUCGUCAGUCUCCAUCAGUACUGCUGCCCCUCAACUGACCCAAGCUUGCAGCGGCAGCACAGUGUGGAAGUGGAGUCGCAUUGUCCUGGGGAGAGGGGCACAAACAAGGACAGCACUUUCAGCAAGACACCUUACUUGCGUGGCUCAGAGCACUACGGUGACAGCAACAGCAGCGUGACCGCCCCCGGCUCCAGAGGCCCCUCAUGCGUGGCAGUCUCCAGUUCAGCCAGCUUGGCCUGGGCGCUGCGAACACGCCACCAACCAGCCAGCCUAGCACUUCGUAAGCAGGAAGAGGAGGAAAACAAGAGAUGCAAGGCCCUUUCAGACAGUUAUGAACUUUCAACUGAUCUACAGGAUAAGAAGGUGGAAAUGCUGGAGAGAAAGUACGGGGGCUCAUUUGUGAGCCGGAGGGCAGCCAGGACCAUUCAGACAGCCUUCAGGCAGUAUCGUAUGAACAAGAAUUUUGAGCGCCUCCGAAGCUCUGCCUCAGAGAGUCGGAUGACACGUCGCAUCAUCCUGUCCAACAUGAGGCUUCAGUAUUCUUUUGAUGAGCGGCAACCUCAGCAGCAGGCCCAGACGCAAACCAACUUUACUCACAGUGUGGCCAUAGGUCCUCCUCAUUCCCCUGACACCGAUCACACGGGAGCCUACACCCACCUAGAGGACUCCUUCUGCAAACAGGUUAAGUCCCUUGCUGACUCCAUAGACGAUGCCCUGACCUGCCGUACGAGUCGCAAUGACUCCCAAGAAGGCAACAGAGAGGGUGGCGGUCUUAGUGAAGAUUUUGGGGAGUGUAUGUGGAGCAGCAGCAGCAACCCCUCCUCCCGACGAAGUCUGGGCGAAAGAGCAAGAGGAGUCGGAGGAGGACUCAGCAUGCACGGAGACAGUACAGCCACCUCGUACAGCGACGUCACACUUUACAUGGACGACGGCAUACCGUCCUCUCCGCUCUCCCCGGACCGGGCACCGAGCAGCACAGACACAGAGUACUGGGGCCCCGGUGGUGGUGUCGGGGUGCGUGAGGACAGCAGGGACACAGAGGGAGGGGGCAGCAGUAACAGUCGGCGCAGUACACCGUGCACAGAGUGUCGGGACUAUCGUCUGAGGGGCGCACACCUGCCUCUUCUCACCAUUGAGCCACCAAGCGACAGCUCAGUGGACAUGAGCGACCGUUCAGACCGGGGCUCUCUCACCAGACAGCUGGUGUACGAGCAGGAGCCUGGGGUCGGGGCUGGCUCUCCUCAGGGAACGCUCAAACACUCCCACAACACAAGCGCUCGCUCACCGUCCACGACAGCCGCCCAGGGUCAGAUCCGAGCGCCAGGCAGAGCUAUGCCCACACACAUCCCUCAUCAGGUGGCCUCGCUCCACCACCACCACCACCAUCACCAUCAUCACCCCAUCCACCACCAUCAGUACCCUGACACGCCGUCGUCGUCUUCAUCGCCCCAACAGCCCCCCACCACCCCUCUGUCGUCCUCCUCCUCGACAGCGCUGCCCUCCGGAGGGUUGGAGCAACCAUGUUGCUCGGAUGGAGACAACGACUCUCUGAACUCUACCACCAACUCCAAUGAGACGGUCAACUGCAGCUCCGGUUCCUCGUCUCAGGACAGUCUCCAGGACCCCCUACCCCCUCUGGGCAAGCAGACUUAUCAAAGAGAAAGCCGUAAUAGCUGGGACUCUCCGCCCUUCAACAGCGACGUUGUCCAGAGACGCCAGUACCGCAUAGGUCUCAACCUCUUCAACAAGAAACCAGAGAAAGGAAUCCAGUACCUGAUUGAGAGAGGCUUUGUGUCAGAUACUCCAGUUGGGAUUGCUCGUUUCAUCCUCGAGAGGAAAGGUCUGAGCAGGCAAAUGAUCGGAGAGUUCCUGGGAAACCGGCAGAAGCAAUUCAACAAAGAUGUUUUAGACUGUGUGGUCGAUGAGAUGGACUUCUCCGGAAUGGACCUGGAUGAUGCACUGAGGAAGUUCCAGGCUCAAAUUAAAGUUCAAGGAGAAGCGCAAAAAGUCGAACGGCUGAUUGAGGCCUUUAGUCAGAGAUACUGCGUAUGCAAUCCUGUUCUGGUUCGGCAAUUCCAGAACCCUGACACCAUCUUCAUUUUGGCCUUCGCUAUAAUCCUUCUCAACACAGACAUGUACAGCCCUAACGUCAAAGCAGAGAGGAAGAUGAAGCUGGAGGACUUCAUUAAGAAUUUGAGAGGCGUAGAUAAUGGUCAGGACAUUCCCAGGGACCUUCUUGUUGGGAUCUACCAGCGGAUAGAGAAAUGGGAACUGCGGACCAAUGACGACCAUGUGUCUCAAGUGCAGGCAGUGGAAAGAGUUCUUGUGGGGAAAAAGCCUGUGCUGUCCCUACCCCAUCGUAGGCUAGUGUGUUGCUGCCAGCUGUACGAGGUGCCUGACACCAACAGACCUCAGAGAACGGGGUUACAUCAACGUGAAGUCUUUCUCUUUAAUGACCUUUUGGUGGUAACCAAAAUCUUUCAGAAGAAGAAAACCUCAGUGACGUACAGUUUUAGACAAUCUUUCCCUCUGGUUGAGAUGCAAGUGCACAUGUUCCAGAACUCAUAUUAUCCUCAUGGAAUUCGCCUGACCUCCGCAGUCUUGGGUGGGGAACGAAAAGUUCUCAUCGUCUUUAUGGCCCCGAGUCAGCAAGACCGCACCCGCUUUGUGAGUGACCUCAGGGAGAGUAUCGCCGAAGUGCAGGAGAUGGAGAAAUACAGAGUCGAAUCGGAGUUGGAGAAACAAAAAGGUGUCAUGAGACCCAGUUUGCUGACUGGGGGUGUGGUGGGAGGUGGAGCUGGUGUGAAGAGUGACAUUGUGAAUGGUACUUUGGGAAGGACAAGUUUUGAUGACAACUGCUCCGUUGGCGAAGGUCUCAAACGCACUGCCCUUAGUUCAUCUCUCAGGGAUUUAUCUGAGACAGGGAAGCGUGGUCGAAGGAACAGUGUUGGUUCUCUGGACAGUACAAUGGAAGGAUCCAUCAUUAGCAGUCCGCAGCCUCACCAGCGCUACCCGGUGCCAGGCGUGGUCCCAGGCUGCUACGCAACGGAAGACUUCCGGCCUCAUCGCCCCAUCCUGAGCCCCGGAACGGGGAUGGGGGGUGGGCCGGGGCAGCAACAUACCACUGCUGGGACAGGAGUCGGGGGCGUCCCCAGCAGUGUCGAGAGAGCGGGAGCGGGGAGCUGCCCUGGGGGGAGCGGCAACAACAGUGGCUCCUUCCUGGGCUCGCUAUUCGGCAGCAAACGCGCCAAACCGCCAGGGCCCCUUAUUCCACCGGGGCCACCCUACCCCGCGCCUGUCCCCCCACCGACGACGGGAGGGCCUCCUCCUCACUCCCCUUCAUCCCUGUGCCAGCCGUUGGACGGGGGGCCUUCCAAGAUCCAGGCGCUGCAUGCACAGUAUUGCCACGCGACUACCGUGCAGCCCCCGCCACCGUACUACCACCACCAUCGCUACCACGCCCAAAAUGUCACUCCUCCUUUGCAAGGGGCACCGCCUCAUACUAUACAGAGAGGCCCGCCACCCUUUCGUACACCCCUUUGCCCCCCGCAUGCCCCGCACCCACAGCUGGCCCAUCUCUCCCAGCUCUCACAGCAUGGGCUUCCGGGUCGCUUCACCAACAUGGUGGUGGGACGUCCCCCGCCCCUUUCUCCUCUCUCCCAGCAUUCCCCGAACCCACAGUUUGCCCUGUACCACUUGCAGCCCACACACUCUAUCAGGGGGUGCGCCGCAGGCCCUGUUGCCAAACCGCCCCUAACCUUGUCUCACUCGCAUCCGCACCCCCACGCACACUCCCAAACCCACCCCGGGCACGUGCACACACCGCACCCGGCCAGCCACUCCAGCCAUCAAACACACUUCAUCUUCGGCACCCUGCCCCACAAUCUGCCAUCCGCUACCGUCAACGCGCAUCACGCAGCCUCCGCCGGCCAGUAUCUGCCCCAGUACCCUCCUCUCUCUUCCAUCCCCCCUCCCCCACCACACUCCCCUUUACCCCCCCCUUCAUCCCCCCUUACCCCUCUUACACCUCUCUCCCCUCUCCCCCCCCAGCACCCCGGGCAGCCUCAGCCAGGGCCACAGGUGACGGGUGCCGGAGCGACAGGUACAGGGGGCAGUUCCAAGUCCAAGCCUAUCAACCGGAUAAGCACCGUAGUGUGAGCAGGGGCUGGGCCGCCCGGGGUCAUAGGUCGGACAAUCGGGUGGAGGACGCUGGCAGGGCCAGGGCCAGAUCUGCUAGGACCGAGAGCAACGGCGGCAACGCGGCUGACAAGAGAAAACGCAGUUUGCUCCGCCUCUGUUACUUUCACCUCCGUUUCCCGCAUAUGUAAAUCGCAAGCACGCACGCGUCACAGGAACACAAAGCACACAAUGUUCAAACAAGCCUAUAGCCAUAUAAUUAAAGAUUCAUUUUUCUAUAUGUUGGUAAUGCGUCGGUUUUAAGCUGUUUGAAGUCUUUGGGUCAUAUUCUCCCUUGUUCGUAUGUCGCAAAAAGGCACCUUUCCGGAUGUGCGCUUUCUCCCGUCCAAUCAAAUGUGUCAUUUAUGUACCCUCGUGCUGUCCUUUAAAAAGUCUUAAAAGGCAUGGAAUCCCUGAAUCUAAAAACAAGGCUUUCAUUGCCAUUAAAAUGUCUGACAUCAACAUUUCAAAAAAUGUCAACAUAUGAUGAGUUAGGAUGUUGUCAUUGUAGUCUGUAGUUUCAAAAUUAUUUACAUUCUUCAAGAUUUUUAACAUAUUACUCUCAUGGUAACAUUGUGCAAUCAAAAUUCAGGUGUUUUUAGAUGGGACUCCUGAUAUCAGAUACAGGUAGAUGUCAUUUAUGCACUGUCGCAACUUUGGACAACAUGGGACAUUGUGAACAUCGCUUAGCUGGUCUUAAACUUAAUUUCUAAUGGAAUUUAAAAAUCUGAAAUUUAACCUACUGUACCUUAACCUGGAGGAGCCCUGACCAGGUACGCGCACUGGGUGGAGCAACCCAAAAAUGUGGGCCUUCCUUCUGCAAUCUAGAGUGCUGAAUUUUGACAGUGACUGGUCUCACAAUAACCUUUGUUUUAGCUUUGCGAGCGGCUAUUUUUAUAUCAUGUGUUCAUUUUUUUUUCAUUAAAUCGAAGAAAAAGCAGACAUACUGUAUGUUUAAAAGAAAAGGCAACAUUUUAAUGAAAAGAAUCUGAGACAAGAAUAAUAAUUUAAGUAACUUGAUACUUCCAUUAUGAUACUUAAGUUUAUAUCAUGAUUGGUACUGUGACUGAAGGGAUUUAAUUUAUACCAUGAUCUGAAUUUUAGGACAUAUCGCAGGGCCCUCAGUCUCCAUUUCAAGCAAUUUAUUCUAUGAGAAAAAUAGGAAUAAAUAAUUUCAAUACAAUCUUACAUUUACUGUAUGUACAAUGAACGGGUUAAUAAAUUAGUGUCAAAGGUUAAAAACCCUUUUUCAUACAGUAAUACACCUAUAUACAUAUUUCUCUAUGUAUGACAGCAAGCAGUAAAUCUUUUACUUAACCUGUUUAAAAACUGCCUCCCUCACACCACCUUUUUAAUGUACUUACAUCAUUAGAGUAUAAUAGCUUUUCAUUUUUGCAUCGUAUGAUACAGCCUCACCCUGCGAUUGGCAACCCGUUUAGGGUGUACCACGCCUACUGCCUAAAGACAGUUGGGAUAAGUUCCAGCAAGUCCGCAACCCGUGUGAGGAUAAAGCGGAUCGGAAACAUGAUGAUAAAACCUAAGUUUUGAUCAUAGUUGUAAAUGUCACUGGGAGGAAUUUUCCCUGAAGCAUAGUGAAUUGAAUCAAAAUGCAAAAAUACAAAAAGCGCAAUUAAUUUUUUUUCCGGAAAUCCCUUCAGCCCUACUUUCGCAGUGCAAGCUAGCUCGCCGACCGCCGAACGGCGACAUUUUAUAUCAUAUUGCCGAGUGAAAAAUAUCGGCACCAGCUGCAGUUUUACAACUGCAAAAUAGCUUUUCCGCUUCAAAUAUGCGGCUGGCGGCUUGGGGUUUAUGGAAAGCACAGGGCUCUUAAACAACAAUUACAGUCGUCAUAAAGGUGCAAUGGUGGAUUAGAAAGUAAAUCAUUUGUUUGACUUGCUUCUAUGUUGGCUGUCCAAAAAGCUAAAGUGGCUCGACCGGUUUGUGUCAAAAGGAAGCUUGGGCACCACUGAUCUAUUCCUUUUUUUUCUUGGUGUACCUCCCAACAUGUUCAAUCAAAAGCACAGUAUUAGACAGUACGUAAAUUACUUUUUGGGGAUUUAUUUAAUCCAGAAUCAAAAACGUGACACAUUUGUGCGCAAAUCUGACUGGCGAUGACACAUUCACUACGAAAGGUAUUUUCGUCCUUGCUGUGUGUUCUAUUUUUUAAAGUGUUUCUGAAUGACAUUCACAAGUCUCAGGAAAACUCCAUGCUCCAUUAUUGACAACCAUCCUGUGUCAGGCAGCUUUGGUGGUUGCGCACAAGUUAGCAGGUUACGUGGAGGGUGUGUCAGACGUCUGGACGGGAGAACGCCUGCACAACUACAGCGUGUAAAAAAGACUUGCACGCAAACGGGAGAAUGGCCCUACGUCUUGGUAUUUAUAUGUAUGAAAAAUGACAACCAUACUGUACAUUCGCCGUUUUACUUUGAGGAUAAAAACAAAGACUGCCGUACAGUUCAGCAAAGUUCGCCAUUCAAAACAGCAAAAAUUGCCCUUUGACUUUGCAAUAAUUCCCCGUUUUCUGACAGUAUCUCAUUUUUCAAUGAUGACCUCAAACAUGUUGCUUUGUCUUUGAACUUUUUAACCGCAGACGUUCAGUUUCGCUUCAGCAUCUUUUACAUGGUGACUGGAGCCGUGCGGCUUUGUAAUGCAUUCCUUAAGGAGUUUGGAAAUUAAUGAUACAAUCAACAAUCUAUUGUGAGUGUUUCUGAAGCUUCUCGCUGUUUGAUCAAUAUUAGAUCUGCUGUGUACGAUGAAUAUUGUUUAUUUGAUCAAUUUGUAAAUGUAUCAGCGGAUGUUUGUACAGGGUGAUAUAAAGCUUCAAAGUAAAUGCCAGUUGCUUUGAUUUAAAGUUAUUGGCAUCAUUUGCCCCCUUUAAUAUCAUCUGCAGUGAUUGUUGAUCAAACUGACAACUUUUUUUGUUUUAUUUGAUGGGGAAAAAAACUUUUAUGAUGCGCCCAUUGUUGGGGGGAAACGUGUUUGUGUGGUUGUGGAGGUAUUCAAAAGAUGGUGUUUCUGCGUAAUUUUGUGAAGCACCUUAGCUCACCUUUUCAGAAUCAUGCGAUUCGUCACGGGGGCAUGUGAAGUACAGUAGAUGCCGCCGAUGAACAGCCAGUUUCAAUGUCCCCUAAUUUUUUGAGGGUAGAGGGGGUCUUUGGUGGCAGGUGUAAACAUUCAUUUUCAACCAUAAAUUUGAUUUCAUUUCACUAUUGUGGUGGACAUAUGUAACCAAUAGUGGGUUUUUUUCACUUUUUUUUCACCACCCAACUUGGGGAUCGAAACUGAUCGCGAGUGCACCGCAACAACCGAUGAGCUUAAAUUCUGGGCGGCCAGUUGCUUUAUAAACAUAUCAGAAGGUAUGUGAAGUGAGUCUUUACAACUAGGUGCGAUGCAUUAUACAUAACCCCAAAAUAUUUUGGAAUAAAUUUGUCGACGAGAGGUGGGUGGGGUUCACUGUGGAUGCCCCACCCACCGCCAGGUGAAUGCCUGGGGCCACCACUCUGUAGGCCCUCAAUCUUUGCCCCUGAUUUGUCGUUGGGUGUUGGGUGUUCACAACCAAGCUUUAUACAAGACGUUUCUGUGGUUUUGCACAUGUGACGUCUUUAGCCACAAAUGACCAUCUUACUCUCUCACCCUUCCAACCACUUUUUUAGAACUCUCUUAACACAUAUAUUGAUGCCAUGGCAUCCCAAUGAGGGCUUUGUAUUCUAAUAAUAAUAAUCAUCAUCAUCAUAAUAAGUAUUGAGAAUGUAAAACAACAAUCUUUGUUAUUCUGUGGACUACUGCAAUAUUUUAAGUUGUGAGUACUAACAGUUACCUACAGUGCCAAAAAUUAUCAAGAGAAAAUCAUAUAUUCUCUGAUUGGGGGAGGGGGAAGCAGAGGAGUGAUUUCAAGGUUUGAAAUUCGGCUGUAGUGAAAGACAAAUUGAGUGAAAUGUAAAUCCACAAAAAAAAAACAUACAAAGGACGUCUGAAGAAAGCCGCCAAUGUGAGAUGAAGGAUAUAUAUGUAUCUGUUGCCUAGCCUAGCCCUUUUCUUUUUUUACUUUUCUUGCAUGGAUAUAGCUGCACUUAUUAAAUAGCUUGUACUGUAUAAAUCUGAUUGUAAAUAAUCUGCUUAUAGGCUUCUUAUGGGACAAAGUGAUCCCAAUCUGUACUCUGGUGUGUGCAUGUGAGUGCCAUGACGCAUGUACAUAGGAGCGACAAACAGGGACAGGAAAUGGUGUGUAAAAGGAAUAUUUACUUGUUUAUUUCUUAUUUGUGACUGAAGACAAGCGAAGGAAUGAAGAGUAAUACAUCACAGCCUAACGGUUAUGUCAGUGCACUUAUGGUGAUUAAUUUGGAACAUUUAGUUAAAUUUUCUGUUAUAAAUGUAUUAAAUGUACUGAAAGAAUAGAAAUUUGAGAUGUGAAUAUUUAUUGCUUCAGAUCAAUUAAAGUGUCCUUGCAGUGA